AGGCCGGGACCGGAGUGCGACGGCGCGGCCGGCGGACCCGGGCUGGCUUGGGAAACGAAACUGAGGGAGGAGCCGGCGGCUCUGGCAGCAGCAGGGCCAGGCCUGGUGGCGGCGGCAGCGGCGGCGGCAGCGGCGGCCUGACCCCCCCCUUUUCCGCUCCCUGGCAGCUUGCCCUCUCCCCUCAGUUAACAAUGAAGAGGAGAAAUGAUCCAGAAUGCACUGCCCCUCUCAAGAAGCAGAAGAAAAGAGUUGCAGAGCUUGCCCUGAGCCUCAGCUCUACGUCUGACGAUGAACCUCCCUCCUCUGUCAAUCAUGCAGCAAAAGUAUCUACCACAAGCCUAAGCGGGUCGGACAGCGAGACUGAGGGGAAGCAGCGCAGCUCUGACUCUUUCGAUGAUGCCUUCAAAGCAGACUCCCUCGUGGAGGGAACUUCUUCUCGCUAUUCCAUGUAUAACAGCGUCUCCCAGAAGCUUAUGGCCAAGAUGGGCUUCAGGGAAGGUGAAGGGUUGGGUAAAUACAGUCAGGGUCGGAAGGACAUCGUUGAGACCUCUAAUCAGAAAGGUCGAAGAGGCUUGGGCCUGACGUUGCAAGGCUUUGACCAGGAAUUGAACGUGGACUGGCGAGAUGAGCCAGAGCCCAGUGCCUGUGAGCAGGUGUCAUGGUUCCCGGAGUGUACCACUGAAAUUCCUGACACCCAGGAAAUGAGCGAUUGGAUGGUUGUGGGCAAGAGGAAGAUGAUCAUUGAAGAUGAAACAGAGUUUUGUGGGGAAGACCUGCUUCACAGCAUGCUGCAGUGUAAGAGCGUAUUUGAUAUCCUGGAUGGGGAGGAGAUGCGGCGAGCUCGGACCCGGGCCAAUCCCUACGAGAUGAUCCGAGGAGUCUUCUUCCUAAAUAGGGCGGCAAUGAAGAUGGCUAACAUGGAUUUUGUGUUUGAUCACAUUUUUACAAAUCCGCGAGACUCUUAUGGGAAACCACUGGUAAAGGACCGGGAAGCUGAGCUUCUGUACUUUGCAGACGUCUGCGCGGGCCCGGGGGGCUUCUCGGAGUAUGUGCUCUGGAGGAAGAAGUGGCACGCGAAGGGCUUUGGAAUGACUCUGAAGGGCCCUAAUGACUUUAAGCUGGAGGAUUUCUACUCAGCCUCCAGUGAACUCUUUGAACCCUACUACGGUGAGGGCGGGAUCGAUGGAGAUGGAGACAUCACCCGCCCAGAAAACAUCACUGCUUUUCGGAAUUUUGUCCUGGACAACACAGAUCGCAAGGGGGUCCACUUUCUGAUGGCCGACGGGGGUUUCUCCGUGGAGGGGCAAGAGAACCUGCAGGAGAUCCUCAGCAAGCAGCUGCUGCUCUGUCAGUUCCUCAUGGCGCUGUCGGUUGUCCGGACAGGCGGCCACUUCCUCUGUAAAACCUUUGACCUGUUCACACCGUUCAGCGUGGGGCUCAUCUACCUGCUGUACUGCUGCUUUGAACGAGUCUGUCUCUUUAAGCCUAUUACCAGCCGACCUGCCAACUCAGAGAGCCACUGUAGUCUGCAGAUCAAAGCUCUGGCCAAAAUCCAUGCCUUUGUUCAAGACACGACCCUGAGUGAGCCUCGGCAGGCAGAGAUCCGGAAAGAGUGCCUCCGUCUUUGGGGGAUCCCAGACCAGGCUCGAGUUGCUCCUUCUUCCUCAGACCCGAAAUCUAAGUUCUUUGAGCUGAUCCAGGGCACUGAGAUUGACAUCUUCAGCUAUAAGCCCACACUGCUCACCUCCAAAACCCUGGAGAAGAUCCGCCCCGUGCUUGACUACCGCUGCAUGGUGUCUGGCAGUGAGCAGAAGUUCCUCAUCGGCCUGGGGAAGUCCCAGAUCUACACGUGGGAUGGCCGCCCAUCAGACCGCUGGGUCAAGCUGGACCUGAAGACAGAACUACCCCGGGACACUCUGCUCUCUGUGGAGAUCGUCCAUGAGCUGAAAGGGGAGGGGAAGGCCCAGCGGAAGAUCAGUGCGAUCCACAUCCUGGAUGUCCUCGUGCUGAAUGGCAGCGACGUGCGGGAGCAGCACUUUAACCAGCGAAUUCAGCUUGCGGAGAAAUUUGUGAAAGCUGUUUCCAAGCCGAGUCGGCCGGACAUGAAUCCCAUCAGGGUGAAGGAGGUGUACAGGCUGGAAGAGAUGGAGAAGAUUUUUGUCAGGUUAGAAAUGAAGAUCAUCAAGGGCUCCAGCGGCACCCCGAAGCUCAGCUACACGGGGCGGGACGACCGGCACUUUGUGCCCACUGGCCUCUACAUCGUCAGGACAGUGAACGAGCCGUGGACUAUGGGAUUCAGCAAAAGCUUCAAGAGGAAGUUCUUCUAUAACAAGAAGACCAAGACCUCUACCUUUGACCUUCCUGCAGACUCCAUUGCCCCAUUUCAUAUCUGCUACUAUAGCCGUCUCUUCUGGGAGUGGGGGGAUGGCAUCCGUGUGCAUGACUCCCAGAAGCCCCAGGACCCGGACAAGCUGUCUAAGGAGGAAGUCCUGUCCUUCAUCCAGACACACAGCGCCUGAGGGCCUGGGAUGCCCACUCCUGCUGAACGCCUGGGGCCACAUUCCUGGUUCCUUCCCCUCUCAGAAAGGGACGGGGGCACAGCCACUGCAGCCUGGCCAUGAGGGGUGGGUGGUCUCUCCAUCUCCCCUGAAGAGCUCAGUUGGGGCCUUCAAAGGACACUCACGUUCCUUCUGGGACACCUUUUAGACUUCCCUCCUUGGAGACCGGCCCGGGAACUGCCUCCCCGCCAGGACUCAGCCUGGAGGACGCUGCUCCUGCGGCGGGUUUGAGGUCAGGCCCAGGGCAUGUAGGGCCGGUGGAGGACAUGUUGAGAGCAGCAGGGCCUCAGCCCUGCCGCUCUCCUGUAUCGUGUAGACUCACUUUUCUGAGUUCCAUGCACUGCCCUGAGGGUGGCCACACCCCUGCGUUCCCCAACUUUUUACUAGGCCAACUCAAGUGGGGGAAGGCCCCGUGUCGUGAGCUGGCCAGGAGCAGCUGCUGUACAAAUCAAGGCUUUGUUUCUUUGAACUUGUUCUGUUUUGAUGCCAAGUUGGAGACUUUGUCUCCUCCCCCUACCCUGUCCUGGUCUUCUCUGGAGCUCUUCUCAGCCUGGACCUCUGACAGUCCCGCGGGCCGGGAAGGGAGGUAUAUGGGCCCCACGUCCCUGACACACCAGGAUGCAGGUGGCACUGUCUUUGGUAGUGGACGGGACUUCCUCCCGGGCCCCACCCCCGUUGACCCGGACCUUGGGCAGCUCUAGAAGGGGAGGAAGCACCCUUGGAGACCUGCCUUUUUCUACGCCCCAGCAGCAGUGGCCCCACUGCAACAGAAGGGACCCCCGGGGCUGGGUUUUACCUAGCCCUCUGGCAAUCAGGGCACCCGUGUGCCACAGUCACCUUGCCACCCUUCCCCCACCCUGUUUUUCUUCCCCAGUAGAUGGUACAGUCAGUCACUUUUGUCAUUUUGUGGUCACUCCAUUUCCUCUAUCUUGGUGGAAGCGGAAGGGGAAGAGGGGAAGCUGGGCAGUAGCUUUGGGUGGGGGAGGGCACCUGUGGUUGUUCUUGAUGGGAAAUACCUCUGAGAUGCUUAGGCAGGCUCCCUAGGGCCCCAUCCCAGUACUAGACUGGUUUCCAUGGUGAUAGGGCACAGCGGCUUCCUGUGAGGUUGGAAUUGACUCCACCUGGGGGGGGUAUCUCCAGCCAGCAUCCAGUCCUCCCCCGCCUCCCAGGGGUGGCAGCAGCACCACUGAAAUGCUGUAUUUCCACCCAAUUCUGGGUAUAUCAGUGUGUCUUGCAGAAUCUUGGAUCAUUAAAGAUAAACAUAUUUUUAAUUCC